CUUCAGUACACAAAUUUUCCUUGAGCAAAAAUGGGUUCCAAGACACUUCUUUUCUUUUGCAUUUCCAUGGCUGUAGUUCUAAUGAUUACCUCAGAGGUGGCUGCCAAGUCAGUUGACGAUUCCAAGACAGUUGAGACAAAUCAGGAAGUAGAAGCCAAGUACCAUGGAGGAUAUGGAGAUCACCAUGGAGGAGGUCAUGGAGGGCAUCCUGGUGGUGGAUACGGGGGCCAUCCAGGAGAAGGUAAUGGGGAUCGACAUGGAGGGUACGGGGGUGGCGGCCAUGGUGGACAUCCUGCCAAGACAGUUGAGACAAAUGAGGAAGGAGAAGCCAAGUACCAUGGAGGUGGCUACGGAGGACACCAUGGGGGUGGCUACGGAGGAGGACAUGGAGGACACGGGGGUGGCGGCCAUGGUGGACAUCCUGGUGAGGCUGCAGAUGCUGAGCCUCAAAACUAAUAAAGCCAGCUUCUAGCUAGGUCAUGAUUAAUCAUGAAUGCUUAAACAGGCUUACUAUAAUAGUAUGUACUUUGUAAUGUGAAAUACAAAUAAGAGUUGGAUCAGUGAUCAUGUAAUAUGCAUUCCAUGUAUUUGCUAGUUCCAUUUAAGUAUAUGAGUGUGUGAUUUUGUGUGUC